AUGCCAUACUACGAAAAGUCAGAGGACUGGCUUCACCAGUCGGCUUUGCUGUUGCAGGCUAGGCCUCAGACUACCCGAGUAACAACCUCGUACUCCCUCCGCCCCGCCAUCCGCCCUUCCAAAGCCGAGAAGCUCGCGGCAAAGGAAGCUCGUCGCGCCAAAGAAAAAGAAACCAGCAGCAAAAAGACAACAGAAGGAGAACCCCCCAAGGAUGCGGCGGCGGCGGCAGCAAAACCACCCCGAGGCCAUCUGGUCCUCAAGACCUUUGACCCGCACUCGGGCGUAUGCCUGAAAUACAAGACGUCCAAAGCCGCCGAGGUGGGUCGGUUGAUUCAGAUGCUGGGACAAUUGGGGAGGAGGAUGGCUGCGCUGCCUGUUGACGAGGCCAAGGAGUCGGCAGACGUUGUGAUGGCUGAUGCGGCUGCUGCUGCGGCGGAGGAGGGUGCUGCGGCGGCGGCGGCGGCGGCGGUUAGUGGGACUGCUACGCCUGUUGCGGGUGCGAGUACGCCUGCGCCUGCGGCAGGAGGCGGUGGACAGGGAAAGAAGAAGAAGAAGGGGAAGAGGUGAAUUUUGAGAGGGCACUGAGUAAGUGGGAAGGGGAUGAACGCGCGGAUCGGCGGGUUGAGCGGGUAAAUGCCAUGAUAAUAAAGGGUGGGUAGAACCAAGUGAAUGAAGCAAGCGUUUAACAUUUAUAUGUGGUAACAUUUGUGUCAAGUGAAGUCUACCUUGGUUGCGCAUCGGCGAACGGGUCACGUCAGGCGUCAUGGUCACUUCAAGUUCACGCCGAUACGAAUUCGCUGAUGUCUAUAAAUUCAAUUGCCAUGUCG